UAUAGCAUUCGCCGAUGAAUAGUUCUUAAAUCUUAGAAUAAAGAUUAAGUAUUUCAUUUAGUGUAUUUAAUGUUAUUUUAUUUUUUCAAAUAAAAAUAUUUGAUCAAUUUAACAAACCAAAGUGCCUGAGAAUCUUUAAUGCUUUGAAAUUAAAUUUUUUUCACAUAAAUUCCACAUAUAAUAAUUGAUACAAUCAUUAAUCAAAGUGUUAGAAGAUAAUUGUGUGCACUGGUCCAGAGACAGAAUAAAUUAUACAUUUUUACUUAAACGGAUUACUACAUUUGGCAAUGUCUUAUCAACUAUCAUCAAUACCUCAUUGUUCGGAACCGUUCUUAGGUCCAACUUUGUCACAAGGUUGUCCAGGAUCACAAUUUGUAUUAUUUAUGACACUUUUGGAUACAUUCAUAAGAGGUAAAAGAGAGGUUUCUCAACUAUGUGAAAGAAUAAUUCCUAUAAAUCCUGCUGAAGAUUAUUACGAUUUUAUUGUGAUUGGUGGAGGAUCGGCGGGUUCCGUAGUUGCUUCUAGAUUAAGUGAGAUUUCAGAAUGGAAAGUUCUCCUCCUAGAAGCUGGUCCUGAUGAACCACCCGGCACCAGUAUACCAAGUAUGGUUGGAAUGUUUCUUGGAAGUGAAAUUGACUGGCAGUACAAUACGACUAAUGAAAAUUUUGCGUGUUUGUCUACCGGUGGAUCAUGUAGCUGGCCAAGGGGUAAAAAUCUCGGGGGGACUUCUUCUCACAAUGGAAUGAUGUAUAUUCGUGGUCAUCAAAAGGAUUAUGACAACUGGGAGGCUCUCGGGAAUAAAGGGUGGUCAUGGAAAGAGGUACUACCAUAUUUCAUGUGCAUGGAAAACAAUACUGAACUUCAUAGGGUUGGAACUAAAUAUCAUUCAUCAGGUGGACCUUUAAACGUAGAACGGUUUUCUUGGCAACCUCCAAUUACAAACGAUAUUUUAAAAGCAGCUGAAGAAAUUGGAUAUAAAGUUAUUGAAGAUUUGAAUGGUGAUGAAAUUAGUGGAUUUACAAUUGCUCAAACAAAUAGUAAAAAUGGCGUGAGAGUUAGUAGUUCUGCUGCUUUUCUUCGACCUGUAAGAAAUCGACGCAAUCUGCACAUCAUGUUAAAUGCUACAGCAGCUAGAUUAAUCAUAGAAGAUAAUAAAGCUGUCGGUAUUCAGUACUACAAGGAUGGAGAGUAUAGAGCAGCACGCGUUACAAAAGAAAUUAUUGUCAGUGCCGGAGCUGUUAACUCACCACAGCUCUUAUUGCUCUCUGGUGUAGGGCCUGCGGAGCAGUUUAAAUCAGUAAACGUUGAGUUAGUAAAGGAUCUUCCUGGUGUUGGUGAAAACCUUCAUAACCAUGUGUCGUACACUAUAUCAUGGAAUAUUAAUCAACGUGAUGAGUAUUAUUUAAACUGGGCCGCGGUUACUGAGUAUGUAUCCAAUCAAAAAGGAAUAAUGGGUUCCACGGGAAUGGCACAAAUUACGGGCAUCAUUCCUUCGAGAUAUACUACCAAUGAUCAUCCAGAUAUUCAAUUUUUCUUUGGAGGCUAUCAAGCUUCCUGUGCAGCUAGUGGUGAAGUUGGAGCACUUAUGAGCAAUGAUUUUCGAAGAAUUAGCGCUUCACCAACUCACCUACAGCCUCGCAGUAGAGGUAGACUUCGAUUAGCGAGUAAUAAUCCAUUUGUACACCCAAUAAUUACUGCAAAUUAUUUACAAGAUCCACAAGAUCGAGCAAUUAUGGUAGAAGGAAUACUUAAAGUAAUAUCGCUUUCUCAAACUAACGCUUUAAGAAAAUACAAUUUGCAACUGGCAAAUCGUCCAAUUCCAGCAUGCUCAAUGUUUACUUUUCUCUCACCCGAAUAUUGGGACUGCGCUAUUCGCCAAGAUACAGGCCCUGAAAAUCAUCAAGCUGGAUCAUGUAAAAUGGGACCUUCAUCUGAUUCACUGGCUGUAGUUGAUCCCGAGUUAAGGGUUCAUGGAAUUAAAGGAUUAAGAAUUGCUGAUGCUUCUAUUAUGCCUCAGGUGACUUCUGGUAACACUGCAGCUCCGUCAAUGAUGAUUGGAGAAAGAGCUGCUGCAUUUAUUAAAAAAGAUUGGAAUGUUCCACCGACAAUGUGCUCCACAUCUGUUAAUGAGAACUCAUUGGACCUUCUUCUUUGGGGAAUAAGAUAUUUGGACGUUAAUCAAAACAUAUGGCGCCGUCGAUAGCAGUUGUUUAUUUUUUUAUAAAAAAAAUUUUGCAUUUGGCUGUGAAAUCUAAACAAAUAAUGUAAUGCAAUUUGCAAGUGUUAUGAAUAUUAAAAAUAACAAAUAUUUUGUAGUAUGACUUUUUAACCUGCAGAUAGUACGCUGCUCUUACAAAAAGAGUAAUAUUUCAAUGUUUUGAUGCUUUAUAAGACCCGAUAAAAUUUCCAAAAAAAACUAUAUAAAAUGCCUAAAUUUAAUGGGAGUUUUUAAAGGAUCCCAUUUAAAUCCUAAUAUGAAAAGUAAUACAUUAGCAACUGAUCACACAAUUUUUAAGACUUUUGCACUUCAAUCUCGGUGAAGUCAAGAAUUAGAGAAACGUUAUUGUAUUCUUCAAAAAAAGUGGUAAUAUUUUUCGAUAUUUCUUCUCUAAACGGGAAGUAAAUUGCAUUCUUUAAACUGCUGCUUAAAAUGUCGAUUACAUAUCACACAAGCUAUGUGACGUUUGGAAAGAGGCUUAUGCAAUAGUGACAUUUUGAUUUAAUUUUAUAAAUGUCAGAAUAAUUUUAUCGCGGAUGGUUAUUUUCCCCGAAUAAAAUAAUAAACGUGGAGCUUGUUGUUCAACAAUCACAAUAAAGUAUUUAAAAAAUUUUAAAUAUGGA